AUUAGAACAAAUGAAAAAAGUUUAGGUCAAAAGGAAAUUUGAAAGUAUUCAUUAAAAUUUUGACAAUUAGGUUUCGGUUUUUGUUCUUCAAAUCCUUAUGACCCUCGUGCUUAAAAAGAAUUAGUACUACAUAUCUCAAAUCAAAUUUAAAAGGGAAAUGAUUUUACAAUUAAAAUGUAUAGUUGGAUGAAAAUUUCAAUAUUAAAAAUAAAGAUUCAUAAAACAACUAAAUUUGACUUAGCUGACUUUAGAAUUCUUUAUAAAAAUCAAGAACUCUCUCUUAAUAAUUAAGAUCUAGAAGUAAAAAAAAUAAAUUAAUAAAUUGAAAGGAAUAUGGAAUUAAAAAUCAUGUCACUCUUAAAUUAAUGGCUCGAAAAUAGGGAUAAUAAUUAUAUUUUAUCAACAGUAUUCAUAAUAUUUUGGAAGAAUCAAAGAAAAUUUAAGAAUACUUUUAAAAUGCUAAAUGGGCAGUUGAAGGAGCAUUUAUGAAAGGAAUUACACCGAAAUUAACUGCUUUUGGUACUCAGGGUACAUAUAUUUUGGAAGAUUAAAAUCAUAAACCAGUAGCUAUAUUUAAACCUUAUGAUGAAGAAGCUCUUGCGUAAUUUUUGAAAUUAAUUAAUAGUCCAAAUAAUCCAAGAGGUACGAGAGCCAAAAUGAAUUCUCCAGGAUUAAGAUAAGGUAUUUUAUCAGGAGAAGGAGUUGAUAGAGAAGUAGCAGCAUAUUUGAUAGAUCAAUCAUCAUAACAUUAUCAUAAUGGUAAUAUUAUAAAUGAAUAUUUAGUUCCUCUUACUAAUUAUGUCUAAAUUUGUCAUACUGCAUUUCAUGAGUCUGAAGAAUAUAAACAAUUUUAGUAUGAGAAAAUUCCAAUUAAAGAAGGAUCCUUUUAAUUGUAUAUUAAACACGAUGAUAAUGUUGGAAAUUUCGGUAGUGGAUUAUUUCCUUCUCUUGAAGCUAGAAAAAUAGCCAUUUUAGAUAUUAGAAUAUUAAAUUGUGAUAGAAAUGAAGAAAACAUUUUGGUUAGAAAAAAGUAAAUAAUUAAUGUCAUAUCUUUUUAGAAAAAUAAAUUAACCUACAGGAUAAACCAGAUAAGCGUAUGAUUACUUUCUCAUACCUAUUGAUCAUGGUUAUGCAUUCCCAGAUUGUUUCAAAAUAUGUAGAGAUGAAGUUGUUUGGUAUCAUUGGGGAUAAAUGGCUUAACCAUUUACAUAAGAAGAAAAAUAAUUUAUUGAAAAGAUAGAUCCAAUUAAAGAUAUUGAAAUUUUGAGAGAAAAAGUUAAAUUGAGAGAAAUUUGUUUAAGAAAUGUUAGAAUUUCUACAACUUUAUUAAAAUUAGGAGCACAAGCAGACCUGACAAUCCAUGAUAUUACGUAAUUAACAAUUAUAUCUUAAGUGAAAUUUUAUAUAGAGAAGAUCCAGAUGAAUUAUCACCUAUUGAAAUAGCUAUUAGUAAAGCUGAAUAUAAUUAUGAGUAUGUUUAUAUAUUUAAUAAGUAGUAAUAAUAUCAGAGUGCCAAAAGAAUAUUUAAAUUUUAAAGAAAAAAUAUUUAAAAAUAAUUUAAUAUAAAAAUCUUUAGAAUUUGAUUAAUCUAGUUUAUAAAUUUAAGAAAGAACUAAAUAAGGAUAACCUUUAAUAAAAUUGUAAAUAAUUGAUGAAAAUGAGAAUAAAAACUUGAAAAAUGAUUCAAUAAUGAAAGAUAAGGAAAGGUAACAAACUUCUGACAAGAAAUUAGCUCGAGUUGGAUCUUAAUAAGAAAUAAAAAAAUGUUGUAAACCAAUGGAAAAGGUAUGGAAUGAAGAUUUCUAUUCACACAUUGCUUAUUUCCUUCAACAAAUAAUAGAUAAUAAAUUACAAGAAAAGUGUCAAUCUCCUCGGAAAUACAGACCUAGAUACAUAAGUGAAGAAGUGAAAUGAAUAAAAAAG